AUGAACCACCACUUUAGGGUAACUUCAUUUAUUUGUCUUAAUAUUUUUUUGUUCGGUUUAGGAGAGACUGUCAUAAAUAAUGGCGAACCUUGUUCACCUGAGGACACAAGGAAUGUUGGAGCUGUGGAGGAACCACUCCAGGCAGAAGAGAAAAAUAAAUCUGCAGAUAUUUCAAAACAAAAAGAACAAUGCCUUGUACCAUGUGAUGCUCAAGCUAAAAUUUUACGAGGGGACAAACAUUACAUGUGCAGAAAUUUGCAGAACUCUCUUGCUGAAUAUGCCAGAAGUACAAAAAAGCUGGUAAGAGACAUGAUGGAUGAUCAACAGUCUUCGCUGGAUUACCUUUCUAAUCAGGUAAAUGAACUUAUGAACAAACUUGUUCUUUUGAACACAGUAAUUUUGAGAAAGCAUCUGGAUCCACUUCCUUAUAAAGUAGUUCAAUCUCAUGGUUUGGACUGCACUCAUAUUAAAGAUACUGUUGGUUCAGUUUCAAAAACUCCAAGUGGUUUGUACAUUAUCCAUCCAGAAGGAUCAAAUUAUCCUUUUGAGGUUUUGUGUGACAUGGAUUUUCGAGGAGGUGGAUGGACUGUGAUUCAGAAAAGAACUGAUGGAAUUGUUCAGUUUCAGAGAACAUGGUCUGAAUAUCUGGAUGGAUUUGGUGACCUUACUGGAGAAUUUUGGCUUGGACUGAGGAAGAUUUUUGACAUCGUAAAUCAAAAGGCCACUCAUUUCAGUCUUUAUGUGGAUUUGGAAUCAGAAAAUGACAAGCAUGCCUAUGCCUCAUAUGAUGGAUUUUGGAUAGAGGAUGAAUCAUGUUAUUUUAAGAUCCAUUUGGGGCAUUAUUCAGGAAAUGCUGGUGAUGCAUUUAGAGGAUAUAGAAGAGAAGAUAACCAAAAUUCCAUGCCUUUCAGCACGUUUGAUGUUGAUAAUGAUGGAUGCAGGCCAAUGUGCACUAUUAAAGGACAGCCAGUAAAGAGCUGCAGUAACUUCAGUGACAACACGGGAUGGUGGUUCAGCAAGUGUGGCCUUGCAAAUCUUAAUGGUGUUCAUCGCUACAGAGGGAGAUUCCUUGCAACUGGCAUUCACUGGGAUACGUGGACAAUGAACAAAAAGCCAGUCAAAAUUAAAUCAGUUUCAAUGAAAAUUCGGAGAACCAAUUAUCCAUAUUUCCAUUAA